UGAUUGAUUCGUUGGGAUGCGAUUUAGCGUCCGACACACUUUGGGAAUUUGAUCAAAUGGGAACUGCGCUAAAAUUUAAAAAAAUGGCGCCCAUAAAAACAAUGAAGAUGAAGUGACGUGUAUCGUACCGGCCGAAAUUAAUUCGAAAUUUGUAAAAAUGAGGCCAUCGUUUACGUUAUUAUUUAUCGUAAUUUUCAUGUUAUUCAUCUGCCAUUCACUGUGGAACUUAAUAGACAUAUUCCGAGCUCCACCAUGCAAUAAGGGGGAUACCUGCUUUGCAUCCUAUUUGAAUUCGGAGCCCCCACUGGAGCUCUUGAUUUACACUUCGGAAACUGUUACACCCAGCAACGCGAUAUUGAUAUACAACUCGUACAACUUCGACUACUUCAAGCAGCUCGAUGAAGAACUAUCCAUCGACAUUCCCCCGAAAACACGCAACAAUGGUUCUCUUUACAUACACGUCAUUAUCAUGCCGCGCCGAAAGGUGGACAAGGCGUUACGGUUACAGGAGGCGGCCCACGCUCGCGACGCGAUUUACUUAAAGAAGAAGUUGACACAUUACGCCGUCCCGAAAAGUUCCACCUUCAAUCUACUUAAGGACGAGGAGAAGCAGCAGACGAUAAAACCGGUCGCCCACCUAAAGGGACGUUUCGCAAUUACUAUGUGCGUCGACCAAUUGAACAUGGGAUCGCUCAACGUCCCCGUCGAGCUGCUCAGACACAUUCAGAUCAAUAGCGACAAGCAGUUCCUGCCGAUCGUCCAGCAGGACUUCAUGCAGACGAGACUGAAGGACCUAAUCGAAAUAACCGGCGACUCGCGCGAGAUGGCGUUUACGUUUACGUACGCGCCGUCAUCGAUAGGAAAGAUAAGAUUUUUGCUUCAAAUCGAGGCGACCCUAACCCAAUUCCUUUCGCUCGGCUUUACGGAGAAGGAUCUCGACGAGAUCAAGGGCGUGUUCGCCGAUACGAAUUUGUACUUGCUGUGCGCCACCUUCUUCAUCGGCAGCGUUCAUCUGCUGUUCGACUUUUUGUCGUUUAAGAACGACGUCAGCUUUUGGAAGUCGAAUAGCUCGAUGGCCGGUCUGUCGACGCGCACCGUACUAUGGAGGGCGUUCUCGCAGACCGUCGUAUUUCUCUUCCUGUUGGACGAGGGAACGUCGCUGCUGGUUUUAAUUCCGUGCGGGGUCGCGACUGUUAUCGAGUUUUGGAAGAUAAAGAAAGUAUUGAAGGCGAGGAUCGAGUGGGAAAACCGUCUGCCGCGCAUACGGUUCGAUCAGAUAAAGUACGAGACGCACGCCGAGGCGAAGACGCGAGAGUACGACGAAGAGUGUAUGCGGUACUUGAGUUUCGUACUCUACCCGCUCUGCAUUGGGGCCGCGAUCUACUCGCUCGUGUAUCAGUCUCAUAAGAGCUGGUACUCGUGGACGAUUAACAGUUUGGUAAAUGGGGUGUACGCAUUCGGAUUUCUGUUUAUGUUACCACAACUGUUUGUCAAUUACCGAUUGAAGUCUGUGGCAGCUUUACCUUGGAGAGCGUUUAUGUACCGUGCAUUUAACACUUUCAUCGAUGACAUCUUUGCGUUUAUCAUCACCAUGCCGACCGCACAUAGAGUGGCAUGUUUCAGGGAUGACAUUGUUUUUGUUAUUUAUUUAUAUCAACGUUGGUUGUAUCCUGUUGACGAAACUCGACGUGACGACGGUGUCACCACAGGUGAAUUGGAAGAGAAGAAGGAGAAAUGAUUUUGUUUCCGUAUUAAGACGAAUACAAGGUACAUUCCAUUGUGAUUUUAGAAAUUAUUCGAUGUUAUACUUAUUUUAUUAAACGGAAAAAAAAACUGUU